UCUCCCCCACACAAUCUGGUCGAAGAUGGCGGCUAUGAACGGCGCAGGCAGUAAACCCAGCCCCGGUGCGCCCAAAACGCCGGCGGAGCUGGAUUUUAGGUCGGGGGCUAAGAUCGAGGAUUUGAACAAACUGAUUCAGGAAUUCAGCAGACAGGACCAGCGGGAAUACGAUGAUCACAGAGCCCUGGAGAUCCACACAGCUAAGGACUUUAUCUUCUCCAUGCUGGGUAUGGUACAGAAACUGGACCAGAAGCUGCCGGUUGCGAAUGAGUACCUCCUGCUGUCCGGCGGUGUGCGUGAAGGUGUGGUGGACAUGGACCUGGAGGAACUGGGCCAGUACAUCCGGGGCAUGGACUACGACAUGGACUUCACCCUGCUGGUGCCGGCCCUCAAGCUGCACGACCGCAACCAGCCGGUCACCCUCGACAUGCGCCACUCUGCCCUCUGCCACUCCUGGCUCAGCCUGCGGCUCUUCGACGAGGGCACCAUCAGCAAGUGGAGGGACUGCUGCGCGCCCGCGGCGGACCAGGCCGGCAGCGGCGUCAACUUCUACUUCUCGCCCACCCGCGUGGCGGACUGGUUCUUCGAGGCCAUCGCCCUGGUGCUGGCCGAGGUCCUGAAGAAGCCCCAGCGGGGGACCCCCAAGGUGGAGAGGCUGGAGAAGCACCACACAGUAGUCUCGGUUGUCCUGGCCGUGGGCUCCAGCCGCAUGCUCUACGACAUCAUCCCCGUGGUCUCCUUCAAAGGCUGGCCGGCCGUGGCCCAGAGCUGGCUAAUGGAGAACCACUUCUGGGACGGCAAGAUCACCGAGGAGGAGGUGAUCAGCGGCUUCUACCUGGUGCCCUCAGCUUCCGUUCAGGGGCGGAAGGAGAACGAGUGGAGGCUUUCUUUUGCCCGCAGUGAGGUCCAGUUGAAGAAAUGUAUACCCAGCGGCCUCAUGCAGGCCUACCAAGCGUGCAAGGCCGUAGUAGCGAAGCUGCUGUUUGAGCCCAAAGCCGUCAGUCCCUACCACCUGCGGAGCAUGAUGCUUUGGGCUUGCGACCGCCUCCCACCGUCGUUCCUGGCCAGGGAGGACGGCCCAGCCGUCUACCUACUGGGGCUCAUCGAUGACCUCCAGCACUGUCUGGUCAACAGGCUGUGUCCAAACUACUUCAUCCCUCAGUGUAACAUGUUCGAGCACCUGUCGGAGGAGUCGGCCCUCCUCCACGCCUGCCGGCUAUCCUCGGUCCGCUCAGACCCCGCCGGGCAUCUGCGGAUGGCUGCCGAGGGUGCCAGGGAGGCCAACCGGCUGGGGCGCGAAAUUGUCCCGCGGAGGGGCAGCAGCUCCGGCACCCCUUCACCGUCCUCGGACCCCGGCUCCGGCGACGGUCAGCAGCCAGAUGACCGGCUGGCCAAGAAGCUGCAGCAACUGGUGACAGAGAACCCAGGCAAGUCCAUCUCGGUCUUCAUUAACCCCGACGACGUCACCCGGCCCCACUUCCGCAUAGACGACAAGUUCUUCUGACGUGGCGUUGAGGAUGGACGGAACUGAAUUCGUGGCCCUCAGCACAUUCCAAAACUGGAGGGGCCAAUGCACAAAUCUGCGUACUGAUACCCCAGACAAACCAGAGUCCGAGAUAGCUUGGGAAGAUUUCAAUGCCCUCUUUGUUUCUUUGGACUGAUUCUAAGGUUGUGUCUUCAGUAUUAAUUCCCUGCUUAUAGGCAUUUGCCUCAGUGUGGCAGCCCCUGUGGCAAAUGAAGGCAACUCUACUCCAUCACUCCACUGACUUGGUGAUUCAAAGAGACCAGAGUUGGUUUUAAAGGCUGCUACUUGGAAUUCCAGAGCAGGGAGCAUUAGACCCUGAAUUCCUUUUGUUUGGUUGAAGGUUCUAUGCCAAGAGACUCUGCAAACCCUAGGAUUGUCUUCUUUUGAAGGUCAUUUCCCAAACUUGUUUGGCUGUUCCAUUGGGAUGACCUUGAGAUGUUCUCAAAGCAACAAGCUGGGAACGAGCGGGCUCUACUCAAGAAUGUGAUCCAGACAGCCUUCGUAGCAAUGGGGCAGUAAGAGCGUGAGAAAGUAGAAUAAGGUUCCCCUUUGUCCAGUCACCUCCCUCAGCGAGUGACCGGAUUUGUGUGCAAGCCACCAGAGGAGGGAGGCUGGGGAUGGGUUUACGUUUGAGUGUUGUUGUGUAUGUGCAGAGUAAGAAAGCCAAAGGAGCAGUAGGUUUGAACAUUUUUACUGAAUCACACUAGCCAUGGUACGUUCUGGGCAACUUAGUGUGAGUGCAACAAACUGGGCCCACCAAGACAAAAAAACGUGGACUUGAAAGCCCAUGCUAAAGGAUGGCCUUCUGCACGCAGUCAAUUCAACAAGCAAUCAAUCGGCCGCAUGUGCAUUUGCCACUCUCUCGCAUUUGAUCCGAUAUGGCUCAGAUGUGAGCGGGGUGGUGGCCCGUCCUGCAGAGGGUCUGGGUG